AUGAUAAAGCUAUCUUGGAAUUUGAGACAUCGACCUUACAAUGCCCAAGCAAUACUUUUGGGGUUAUUCUUUUUCAUUAUUCUAGUAAAGCUUUAUUUGGAUCUGACAGCAAAUCCAAGUUUCACAAGAAAAAUAAUGGAACCAUCAAGCAAAAAUUCUGACGCUUCAAAUCGAACCAUCAUUGUAGUCACGCCAACUUACAAACGGAUCACAAGACUGCCUGACAUGAUACGCCUAGCCAACACCCUGGCCCACGUAAAGAACUUGCACUGGAUCGUGGUAGAGGAUGGUUAUGGAAUCGUGCCAGCCGUUCGAGAAUUACUAGAAAAAACCAACCUAUCGUAUACCUACAUGGCCCACAAGACUGCAAAGGGAUACCCAACGCGUGGGUGGUAUCAGCGAACGAUGGCGUUGAGGUACAUUCGAUCGUCCUGGUCGAAAAUUCUGAGGGAGCAUGAUGCAGUUGUGUACUUUGCCGAUGAUGAUAAUGCGUAUGAUGUGAGGCUAUUUACUGAUUACAUUAGGAAUGUGAAUACUUUGGGAGUUUGGGCUGUUGGCCUUGUCGGUGGAGCCAUCGUAGAAGCUCCCAAAGUCGUCAACCACAAAGUGACUGGAUUCAACGUCCGAUGGAGCCCUAACCGACGAUUUGCAGUAGACAUGGCAGGCUUUGCGAUCAACCUGAAAUACAUCCUAAACUCCGACGCAGUAUUCGGUAAAGACUGCAAACGAGGAGAGGGCGCUCCGGAAACGUGUCUUAUUGAGGAUAUAGGCUUGGAUCUAGAGGAUAUCAAGCCAUUUGGCUAUGAUGCGACGAAGGUCCAGGAUAUAAUGGUGUGGCAUACCAAAACGAGUCCCCCGGAAAUUGAACAACGCGAUGAGCCAAUCGAUUCGCUGGGCUAUUUUGUGGAAUAUUGA